GCGCAAUGGAGUUCUACUGCGCGCCCGACGGCGCCGACGGCGGCGGGGUGUGCCCGCCAGUGCCGAUGUUCGAUGCGGCCGCGGCGGCAUCGGCAUGCCCGCCAGCAUGCAGUGGCCCCUGCAGGGGGCCGCCGCGCCGCUCGCCGAGGCGGACCUCGGCGACGACGUGGAGCUCUUGGAGCGCAUCCUGCGCGAGUGCCGCCUCGGUGACGUCGCCGAGGCCGCGGCUUCACGGCCGCCGGCGCCGACGCCGGUGGCGCCAGCGGCGCCGUCAGCGGCUGCGGCCGCAGGGCCCAGCGUGGCCCUGCCCAGCCCGCCGCUCGAGGCGCUGGCGGGUCCCGCCACGCCCGCGUCCCUGGCGCCCUGGGCGGAGGAGAUGGUGCAGCGGCUCCAGCUGUGCGGCGCCCCCGCAGAGGCGUCUGCGAGGUGCGCCGAGAUGCUGGCCACCUUCCAGCAGCGGGCCGGGGUGGACCCGGGCCGCAUGCAGCGGUUGCAGGGCGCCAACCGGGUGCUGCUGCGGGCGCUGCGCAGCCUCCAUGAGCGGCACCGCGCGCAGCAGGCGGAGCGCGAGCGCGCCGAGCAGUCCGCCCGCCAGCUGGCCGCGGAGCUGGAGCGGUGCCAGGAGGCCCUGCGCGCCUCCGAGCGGGCCCGCGGGCAGCUGCAGUACCACCUGCAGGUCAUGGGCAACGCGCCCGGCACGGCUGCGGGCGGCAUCUGA